AUGGUAUUUGAUAUUGCAUCUAGUUUUCAUCCUAAUGUGCCACAUCAUGAAGGUUCUACUUCUAGUCAAAGUGACAUACAUAUUUUAUCAGAAAAAUUUUGGAAAGCAUUGAAUGCGGCACAUCAACCGAUUUGGCCAGGUAAUUCUACUGAGACUAAAUUAUCAGCAACAGUUAAACUUCUUAAUAUAAAAUCCGAGAACAAUUGGUCAGAGAGAGGUGUCAAUCAAAAUCUUGACUACAUUAAAUCUUUGUUACCGGAAGAUAAUGUUUUACCUGAUAAUUUUUAUAACAUGAAGAAGUUGGUGGAAGAUUUGGGAUUGCCUGUUACUAGGAUCGAUAUUUGUAGAGAUGGCUGCAUGUUGUUUUGGAGGGCUGAUAGUGAAUUAGAAUCUUGCAAAUUUUGCAACUUUCCAAGAUAUAAGGAAAACUCUAAUCAACGAACACCACACAAACAACUUUUUUAUUUACCACUGGCUCCAAGAUUGCAAAGACUUUAUGCAUCAAAUGUGACCGCUGCUCACAUGACAUGGCAUUCUCGUCAUGUUACCCAAGAUGGGAUGAUGUGUCAUCCUUCUGAUGGAGAGGCAUGGAAGACAUUUGACAACUAUUACCCAGAGUUUGCUAAGGAGGAUCGCAAUAUCCGCUUGGGUCUUUGUUCUGAUGGAUUUGCCCCAUUUGGACAAUUUGGAAAGUCAUAUUCGUGUUGGCCCGUCAUUAUAACACCUUAUAAUCUCCCACCUGGAAUGUGCAUGAAGACACCCUACAUGUUUAUGUCAUUAAUUAUUCCUGGUCCAAAGAGUCCUCAGAAAAAUAUUGAUGUCUACCUUCAACCGUUAAUUGCUGAAUUAAAAAUGUUGUGGAAUGAUGGUGUGCCUACUUAUGAUGUAUCUCGAGGUGACACAUUCAAUUUGAGGGCAAUGGUGUUGUGGACGGUUAGUGAUUUCCCAGCUUAUGGUAUGUUGUCUGGAUGGAGUACUCAUGGAAAAGACGGGUGUCCAAUUUGUAUGAAAAAUUCGAAAUCAUUCCGCUUGAAAUAUGGUAAGAAGGCUUGCUAUUUUGAUUCACAUAGACAAUUUUUGUCACAAAAUCAUCCAUACAGAUUUGAUACAGAGCAUUUUACCAAAAAUAAAGUGGAAAUGACACUUCGUCCGCCUAGGCCAAGUGGCGAGGAAAUAUGGUCUGAAAUUGCACAAUACAUGUUUGUUAGUGAAAAUCCUCACGUAAGUCCACCGGGUUUUGGUGAAUAUCAUAAAUGGACAAAGAAGAGCAUUUUUUGGGAGCUACCAUAUUGGGGGAAACUUCUUAUUCGUCAUAAUCUCGAUUUUAUGCACAUUGAGAAGAACGUAUUUGAGAAUAUCAUCCAUACGGUUAUGAACGUUAAAGGUAAGACAAAAGACAACAUAAACGCUCGAAAGGAUAUGUUUAAUAUUUGCAAUCGCCCUGAGUUACAUAUCGACCCUCAAAGUUCGUGUAUGAGGACAAAGAAGGCGGCUUACACUUUGACGAGAGAUGAAAAUCGUAUUAUUUGUCAAUGGCUUAAAUCUUUGAAAUUCCCGGAUGGUUAUGUAUCCAAUUUAAGUAGAUGCAUUGAUAGAGACGAAACAAAGUUAAUUGGAUUAAAAAGUCAUGAUUGUCAUGUUUUUUUAGAAAGGCUGGUGCCAAUUGCCUUUAAGAAAUUACUCCCCAAAUUUGUGUGGGGAACAUUGACUGAUGUUAGUAAUUUCAUGCAUGAUCUAAGUUCUACAACAUUGAAUAUUUCUAAGAUGCAGACUUUGGAAUUAGAGAUUCCCGUAAUUUUGUGCAACUUAGAAAAAAUAUUUCCACCGUCGUUUUUUGAUUCAAUGGAACACUUGUUGGUGCAUCUACCAUAUGAAGCAAAAAUCGGAGGACCGGUUCAGUAUAGAUGGAUGUAUCCAUUUGAGAGGUUUCUUAAGAAUGUGAAGCAGAAAGUAAAGAACAAAGCCAGAAUUGAAGCAUCAAUUUGUAAUGCAUAUAUUCUAGAAGAGAUAUCUACAUUUGCCUCGUAUUAUUUUGAAUCUAACAUACAAUGCAAACAGAGACACCCACAAAGAAACACAGAAGGAUCUGUCAACAAUAAUGAUGCUUCAAUUUCGAUUUUCAAUUAUCUUGGACGAUCUAGUGGCGCCUCAACUAAAUUAAUUUUGAAUAGCCAGGAAACGUUAGUCGCUCAUACUUACGUGCUCUUAAAUUGUCCAGAGGUAGAUCCUUAUUACAGGAUUUUUUGUGAUUUAAACACCAGUUUACCAAAAGAUGAAAUAGACCGCCAAUUCGCAUCAUGGUUCCGAUGUAAGAUUGUUGAGGAACAUGGUCCUUUAGUUUCAAAAGGAUUAUUGUAUUAUUUGUCUUUUGGGCCCAAAACACCCGCAACAAGACAUUCAAUGUACUUCGUUAAUGGGUUUGUGUGGCGGUCAAGAGAUUUUGGAUCUAACAAAGCAACCAUGAAUAGUGGUGUUUGUGUGCAUGCUGAUGACGCAGACUAUUAUGGACUUUUAGAGGAUAUAAUAGAAAUUGAGUAUCCUGGUCCAAGUUUACGUAUUGUUUUAUUUAAAUGUUUAUGGUUUGACCCAACCCGUGGUUCAAGAGUUGAUGAAACAUAUAGGUUGGUUGACAUAAACAUGAAACGGAAGUAUGCAAAGUAUGACCCUUUCAUUCUAGCUCAACAAGGUAUACAAGUCUACUUUGCUACGUAUCCGAACAAAACAAAUCAGAUAGGUGAUUGGUUGGCUGUUUGUAAAACAAAGGCAAGGGGAAAAGUAGAGAAACAAUGGAGUGAUGAUUUGGUGUAUCAACAAGAAGAGCCAACUAUACAACUAGAUAUUCCCCUAAAUAUACCACUAUAUGAUGUCAACAAUUUAAGUGAUCCUAAUGGUAUGGUUGACGAGCUCGAUGAUACAAACGUAAGUGAAGAAAAUGAAUUUGAAGAUGUUGAAUGGGAAGGAAGUGAGUCAAGUGGAAAUGAAUCUGAAGGGAGUGGGUCGGAGGAAAUUAGUGAAACUCACGAAUCAUUGGAUAUUUUUUGA